AUGAGUAGAAUUAACAAUGAAACAAUUAGUGGUACAUCAAAAGAAAUGAACAACACAAUAGAAAAAAAUGUUGAAAAUUUAACAAAUGUCUCUCCAUUCCUCAUCAAAAAAGUUAUUGAUUGUGCAUGCGGUAGUGAAGUCGAAAUGUGCAAAAAAAUUCGCGACGGUAAUAUAUUGAUAAAAACAAAAAACAAUUUGCAAGCUGCCAAACUUAUUACAUUGACUUCCCUUUCACCCUCCAUACAAGUUGAAGUCCGCGAACACACUACUCUCAAUUUCUCAAAAGGCGUAAUUUACUCUAAUGACCUCAGAGGAAUAGAAGAAGAAGAAAUACUACAUGAACUCAAAAACCAAAAUGUAACUGAAAUAAGAAAAAUAUUGAAAAAAGUUGGUAAAGAGCUAAUUGAGACGGGACUAAUAAUUAUUACAUUAGCCACUCUCAACUUACCAGAGAAUUUAAAGAUAGGCUAUGAAAAAGUAAAAGUACGUCCCUAUAUCCCCUACCCUCUAAGAUGCCGCAAGUGCUUACGAUAUGGACAUACUAAAAAUACAUGUGUAAACAAUGCAAUAUGCCCAAAUUGUGCACUAUCAUAUCAUUUCGAAGAAGACGAUGAAAAAUGUAAUAAUCCAUCAACAUGCGUUAAUUGUGUUUAUAACAACAAUGCAAACAGCCAACAUAGUUCUCUGGACAAAAAUUGUCCAAUAUUUUUAAGAGAAAAAGAAAUACAAUCAAUUGUAACAUUAGAAAAAGUAGAUAGAAAAAAAGCUGUCGAAACCUACAAACAACGUCACCAAAGCGGACAAUCAUCUUACUCUACUGUAACAAAAACAGCAACGACAAAUAAACAGGUUUUUUUCUCAACUAGUAACAAUAACCCAACUACUCUUAGUAACACCAUACGAGAAUCUUCAAACUUAACUAAUGUCAACAAUUCAACUACUCUUUGUACAACCACAAGAGAACCAGUGAACUACAACAAUAUUGAAACACCUACGUGCUCUAAUAUUGAAUCUACCAUUAACUCAGCAAAGCAGAAAUUAGUAAAUAUUCUACCAAAAAAUACAUCAAAUAGAUCAAUACAACUUAACGCCAGCAUGAAAGUUUUAGCAAGACUUAAGAACAAUUGGAAUCUCAAUAAAUGA